GAGGAUAAACUUGCCAUUAUUUGUCAAUAACACCCCGAAAAGCAGCCGGCAUAUAAACUUCGAGUUUAAGACGGUUAAAAUUCUUCAAUACACAGAAUGGCGAAGGGGAUAUGCCUAUGCCUUUGCUUGCUCUUUGCAAGUACACUUGGUUUCAAAUAUUUCCAAUCAAAAAUCCCAAAUGGAGACUCCGUGCCACAUCCUUGUAAGCCAAAUUAUCUCUGGCACGGAGUAGGUCACAGAAACGAAUUAGGGGGCGGAUCAAGAAAUCCCUUUGGCGAGGAUUUUGAUGCUGCUGGGAAGAUUUGGACGCAGGAGUUGUGUCGGAAGGACUCGGACGGGGACGGUAAAACCAAUGGAGAAGAACUUGGCGACCCAAACUGCGUAUGGCGGGAAAACGCUAUUCCGGAUAAAAACGCAUUUUCUCAUCCAGGUGUAUGUGAACCAUACAACAGCGACCUCUGCCGGCCAAAGAACACGUGGGUUCAGUGUGAGUUGGAGAGUUUCAAAUGUGACGCCAUCAAUCAACCAGAUGUAAAGAACAAAACUUUAAGAUAUCCUCAAACCCAGGUACCCAAUUUAGAAACCAAUUACUUCUGUAUGACCUUUGAACUUCCCAAUGAUGGUGACUAUCACCUGAUCGCAACAACGCCAUAUAUAGACAACGAAUACGUCAUGCAUCAUAUUCUUCUCUUUGGAUGCGAAGAUUCAGUUACCCAAGAGACAACACCCACACAAUGCGGAAUGGGCUCUGACAAAUGCCGGACUAUUAUCGGGGCUUGGGCCGUGGGAGGCAACGGAGAAUGUGCUCACAAAGAUGUAGGGUUCCGGAUAGGUCAGAAAGGCUUCAAAUUUGCUAUGAUGCAGUUUCAUUGGAAUAAUCCUGAACUACGAUCAGACUACAAAGACAGUUCCGGUAUGACGUUGUACUACACACCUAACAGACGACCAAACGACGCCGCCAUUAUGAUGGUAGGUCAGGAUUAUCUGGAAAUCCCACCCGGGAAGGAUCGCGUGGAAGUGGACGCCAAAUGUUCCGCAAAAGACACUAACAUGAUUUUUACUGGUCCUGUUUACAUCACCAAGGCCUUCAAUCACAUGCACUAUUUAGGUCGGGAAGAAUACAUUGACCAGUACAGAAAUGGCGUCAAGAUAAACACUCUGACUAACGAGCCCGACUACAGCUAUGACCGACCCCGAUUUUUAGAGUACGAAACAACCAUAAAAAUUAUGCCAGGAGAUGAAAUCAGAACAAAAUGCGUCUUUAAAUCAUCAUCGAAAUCCUUCACUACAUUCCAAGGCGACGCCACUUCCGACGAGAUGUGCUUCGGUUUUCUUACCGUACACCCUAUAACAAACGUCCGAGUUCCGUGGUGCGUCAGCUGGAACGAUAUCUCCUUAAUUCAAUUAUACUCAAACCAGGUCAUUAAUGGUUGUGACAGAACGGUGUUUACGAAUGCUUCUCAUCCGGAAAUGGUGGAAAUCUACCGUAAAAUCGACCAGCGUUGUCUGCCUUUAUCCAAAUGUUUAGAAGAGUGCAAGGAAGUGGUCAAAGAGAUUAAGUUACAUCCUUGUAUGCAGGGUGAUAUUGGAGAGUCGAUGAAAUGGUUCGCAAGGCUGUCGAGAAAUGUUGAUGUGCUUACUUUUUAUUCUAAGAUCGAAUCAUGUGACCUUGAAAUUUUAAGAGAACAGAUGUUGAACGAGAUGGGAAGAAAUACAAAUGGUGCCUCACAAGUACUUCCACAUUUCUUCAUUGUAUCAUUGCUGAUUUUCAUGUUCUUUUAAACCAAAAAAGAAGAAAAGAUAUUAUUUGCUUUUAUGUAUUCAAUUCUAACAUUUAAUUCUUUUAACUUCUUGAAAAUUCAUGUAUACAUUCACUUAAUAAUGAACUGUUACCAAAGAAUGUUAAAUAUUA